AUCAUUUCAUUCAUUCGCAAAAAACCAAGCGUCCGCGUCGAACGUUAACGCCACCAGGAGAAUCGUACAUUUUGUUUGUUCGGUUCGAUUUCUCGUUUCGGUUCUGGUGGAUUUUAACACAAAACCCUUCGGUUUUCGUUUCUCUGAUUGUCGUUCCCUCUGUUGUUAUCGUGGUAAACUCCCGUAAGCCUUUUCAUUUGGAUUACCAACACUCUUCAUCCAGCGUCCAUGGAAAGACUGCUACCAGCAGCACUAACAACAUAAAGCAGUUUGUGUGGAACUAUUUCGCAUACCUACUGCUUGAUCCUGACAGUUUAGUUCAACGCUAAUCGAAGUAAACAUUGUAAAACCGUGGUUUGCGAUUGUCGUUCGCGCUUCUUCGAAUAGCACAGCACGCGUGUGAGUAAUCGAACGAAUCGAUUGCCUGAAGAAAAAAGCCCAAAAAGUGCGCCGAUGAUUCAUUGCCUGCUUUCAGCGCGCUGGAAACGGUGGUGAUUCAGUUUGCAAUCCCGCAGCAAGUGCUUACAAAGUAGCCACGCUAUCGUGUCUGCUCGAGUGUCAGUAGUGGAAGUGGAUCAGCUUUGUGUGAAGCAGCAGAAGCAGAAGGAGAAAAAGCACGGCACAAAUCAUCGCCAGCAAGCAUUUUCAUAACAGCUCGCUUUUUGCAGCGAGAAGAAACGGGAGAAGUCCAUCGGUAGCAAAACAAACAGCAUAACCCUGUAGUACGGUGUUUGGAAUACACAGGAGUUACUACGCAAGUUUCCUCAGUUGUUCGCUGUGAAUGUUACGCUAACAACAUCGAUCGUGAAACAAACAAGUUCGCAGAAUAGCGAAUACAGUGCUGGUGAAGAAAGAGCGGGAAGAGCAAAAAAUACCUUACAUAACGAGCUAAUAAUGAUGAGCGCGCCCGAGUGCAUAUUGCAGGUGUGAUUCAUAUUGUCUGAGUUAGUUCGUAGGCAAUCUGGUGUGCAAAUAAGUAGGGGCAAAAAAACACAGCUGCUACUACUAUACUGCCUGCUGUUAAUAGUGGUGUUUAAUUCACCUCGACACAAAACAGUGCCUCAUCUUGUGCGGCCCGUUUCGGUGGCAUUCUUGUCGUACAAUUGGUGCCGCGUAAGGAUAGUGCGCGAUCAUCACGUUGUAAAGUGUAAAAAAAAAACCAUCGCUACCUCGUGAAUGUCGCGUGGCCGUGUGUUCUUGACAACCGUGAUCGAUUUCUCGAUUGUUUUAUCGACCAAGUGUAAAUGUGUGUGCGUGCCUGCUAACACCGUUUGCUUGUUAAAUUAGUGUUUGACGUGAAAAUUCCACUCCCUUGAUAUAUAGUUCGGUUUUUUUUGCGUUUAAUCGUGCCUUGCCCACCACGGGUGAUCACAAAGUGUAAAGAUAAAUACAAUCAUCUCAACUGACAGCCGCCCCGGAACCAGCUGCCCGUGUGACGCCGACGACGGCAAGCCGCUAGCAGCAGGCGCAGCAUCAUCCGUCACACCGGGCAGUACCGGGCGCAGCGGCAGCAGCAACAACAACCCGUUCAAAACGUCCAGCAAAAUGAGAAUGAAACAUAAAUCGCCCUGCCUGAUGCUACGGUUUAUGCCGACAGAUAAACACGCCAUCCAUGGGCAACACAAACGGCACAAAGAUAGUUGCGAUGAUUCAUCGAUCGCUUCCAGCACUCGGGUUCCUCUGGCGCGUAGCUGUUCUAGUCCUGCAGUAUCAUAUGAUAUCGAAUCGCACCCUGCAUCGCACGUUUUCCCGCAUCUCCUGCUUGGCAAUGGUCGAGACGCGAUCGAUCCGUCAACUGUCGGUGCAAACUGCGUACUUAAUGUCACCUGCCAGCAACCGAGUAGCCAGCUGAAACCGGGCCUUAAGUACAAACAGAUACCGGCCAGCGACACGCCGCAUCAAAACAUCAAGCAGUACUUCCAGGAGGCGUUCGACUUUAUCGAGGAAGCCCGGAAAAAGGGAUCGACCGUAUUGCUGCACUGUCAGGCAGGCAUUAGCCGCAGUGCCACGAUCGCGAUCGCAUACGUCAUGCGCUACAAGGGCCUGUCGCUGCUCGAAGCGUACCAGCUGGUGAAGCUGGCCCGCCCAAUCAUUUCGCCCAACCUCAACUUCAUGGGUCAGUUGCUGGAGCUGGAACAAAACCUAAUAGCGGAUGGUAAGCUGGAACCACCGCCACCGUCACCAACGAUGGCUGCCCCACCAGCUAGUCAGCCACCGUUCUUCCUCAUCGAUAACUGCACCAAGUACCAUCCGCUCAACGAAGAGGAGAUGGUGGCCACACGCCGUCAGCUGCGCUGUGCGGCAGCCGCAGCCACAACCCAAGACAGCAUGGCGGACGAGCGCGAUACACCGAUGGAGGGGGACGGUGACGCCGAUGAUGAUUGCAAGAACAACAACAACAACAACCGGGACAGUGGAUGUAGCGUGGCCAGCUCUUCCUCAUCCACUUCGUCCAGCUCAUCCUCCUCGUCGUCGUCCUCGGCAAGCUAUCGUAACGGAUUCAACGGUGGACGGUUUUUGCCACCACGGUUAACGCUGAAGCUACCGACGACACCGACGUCACCACCGUCGUCUCCGUCGCCCCUUUCCGCGUCCUGCUUGUCUUCCGCAUCGUCAUCAUCGUCCUGCUGUUCCACUUCCUCGCUGUCGUCCACGCCAUCGCCCACACUUGCCAUAUCGCCGACGAUGGGCGUACCGAUCGGUAUUAGGAAAGCUUCCUACAGCGGACCACCACACCGACCAUCGAGUUUGGCAACGACAACCGUGGCUGCGACGAUAGGUGGUGCUGCCGCAACAACGCCGUCGACAACCUGCCACUCGCUUGACGAUCGUCGCAACGCAAACGGUUCCUGAUGGGUUCGGAAAGGGCAUAAGGCGUCCAAGCGCAAGAGAUAGGGCCGGUAUGCAAGGCGAGGACGAUAAAAGUGCACCUGUGAACAGAUGGGAGAAACGAAUUUGUUUUUCCCGCAGCCACAGUGUCACGUUCGGCUCGUCUUGGCACCGUGUAAAUACAGUGCAGUUCAAAAGAAUAAGCUUGUGCGCUUGCUACUAACAUAUAUGCUUUAAAUAACGAGAACUAAAUUAGGAACUACAAAAACUAUGCGUGUGAUAAAAAGGAAGGCAAGGACCCUUACUACGGAUCCUACCCUUUUCUACCCUACCCCGUAUGUUCCCAAGCUAUAUAGCGCCCAUUGGUGAAAUGGAGAGAGCCUCGGAUGUGUGGCUUUAGCUUUUUGUUCCGUUUCUUUUUUUUUGUAAAUAGCCUCUUCCCUAUCGAUCGUCUGAUCGUUUCUACAUUGUUAAUUUAAGUAAAACUCUUCCUCCGUACGUUUGAUUUUAAAAGAUUGAUGAAGCAGCUGUAAUAUUUUGUUUGGGUUCCUUUACUACACAACUGUACGAUUUUACGUUUUCGGAUCUUGCUUCAUCCUUUUAUCCACUUACGUUUCCAUAUCUCACAAACCAUAUCCUGUUUGCGAAUUGCGUUGCAUUAUUGCUCUCAAACCUUAAGCGAGAGUAGGAAUUUAGGAGGUUUUGAUUAAGUAGCAUAUGCUGGGAAACAAUACAAGCCAUAUCAAGUGUGUCUGGCGCAACGCCUGUUUAACGAUACUGUUAUGCUAAAAGUGGUUUCGCAUUGAUACAGGAUAUUUGUUUUUUUUUGGGGGGAGGGGACAGCGAAUUGAUAAAAAUGAUAACAGAAUCCGAGAGUCAAUAGCAAGCAACAUCAACGUGCUCUCAUGUGCGUGCGUGUGAAAGAUUGAAUUAAUCAUAAUAGAGAAUGAAAGAGAGAGAGAGAGAGAGAGAGAGAGAGAGAGAGAGAAAGAGAGAGCAACUCCCCCGUGUCAGAUGCAUUUAACGAAGAAGCAGUAUAAUGUUGCAAAAAUCAUCGCACAUGUUAGGAGACAGCCCCGGAAAGGUUGCAUCCGUCGAAUUGAAUCCAGUAUAUAUUGAAACCAAGGCAUCGAUAACUAAAUGGCCGAAACCGACAAUAGAUAGCAUAUGUGUAGCGUAGCGAAAUAUAAUGUGUGAGAACAACGAUAAAAAAAUAGUGCACACGCACGCACGCACGCACGCACGAAUGUAGUUAAUUGAAACUUUAGUAUAAAUGCGCGUACCUUAAAGUAGAUUUUACCAGCGGGUUGAAAUUACUACACACGACGAGCGAUAGUAAAAGAGAGAGAGAGAAAAUAGUGCGUAUAGCCACCGACUAAAGGAUAUAGAGGAUUAGUUAAGCGAGGUGGGAUCCUGCGUGGUUGUGUACCUUUGUGGAUCAGGAUCUCGUGUGUGGAGUGCAGUGUUUUUCCCUCCCCUGUUAUUUACUACUAUUUUUAAAAGAUAAAUGUGAAGAAUCAUCAAACCCUGAUAAUCGGUCUGCUCGCAAAGAAGGAAAAGAAAAGAUAAUUUGGUGAUGGGGGGGGGGGGGGGGGGGAAGGGGGGGGGUUUUUGUGGCAUGGGCACCUAAUGGUUUUGGGCCACGACUGUAGUAUGAUGUGCAGUUUUCUUUUUAUUGUUGCCUAUCUCCUAUCUUUUUAACACCUGAUUCAAACGACAAAAACAACAUAUGGCAACGCGAUAAGAUAAACGUGGGGAAAAAGUGCUCUUGCGGUAUGAUUGUGCACAACAAUAAUCAGAAGUAUCAGCAAGAACAAUUUUACAAUAAAAGAAGGAAAAAAUUUGCACACUGUGAGAGAUAGAUAGAGAUUGAACGUGUGUCUGUGUGUAUGUGUGUGUGUGUGUGUGCAUGGGAGGAAAAAGGGUGUACGUGCAGUGUUCUGACGCACAGCAAACAGAAGGAAAAACGGAAAAACAAAAACAUUAAUGUUGAAGACACCACUACAGCACGUCGGUGUGAUAUAGGUUAUUUGAGGAUCGUUUUUCUAUUCAUUUUGCACCUUAGCCUCCCAGACCGGAAAGUAAUUAGUCUUAAAGUUCCAGUGCGAACAUGCAUAUGAUAUACAUACAUACAUAUAUAGAAGAAGAAGAAGA